AACCUGGCUUAUGUUGAAGCAGCUGACUGCAUCACAGAACCAGUUAACAGGGAGCCACCUUCUAGAGAAGCUCAGUUACUGACUUUGCAAAACACAUCUGAAUUUGAUAUCCUCGUCAUUGGAGGAGGAGCAACAGGAAGUGGCUGUGCACUAGAUGCUGUCACCAGAGGACUAAAAACAGCCCUUGUAGAAAGAGAUGAUUUCUCAUCAGGGACGAGCAGCAGAAGCACUAAAUUGAUCCAUGGUGGUGUGAGAUAUCUUCAGAAGGCUAUCAUGAAGUUGGAUAUUGAGCAGUAUAGGAUGGUAAAAGAAGCCCUUCAUGAGCGUGCCAACCUGCUAGAAAUUGCUCCCCAUUUAUCAUCUCCAUUACCUAUAAUGCUUCCAGUUUACAAGUGGUGGCAGUUACCUUACUACUGGGUAGGAAUCAAACUAUAUGAUCUGGUUGCAGGAAGUAAUUGCUUAAAAAGCAGUUAUAUCCUUAGCAAAUCUAGAGCCCUUGAGCACUUCCCAAUGCUUCAGAAGGACAAGCUGGUUGGAGCGAUUGUCUACUAUGAUGGACAACACAAUGAUGCACGGAUGAACCUCGCUAUUGCUCUCACUGCUGCCAGAUAUGGGGCUGCCACAGCUAAUUAUAUGGAGGUCGUGAGUUUGCUCAAGAAGACAGACCCCCAGACAGGGCAGGAGCGUGUGAGUGGUGCACGGUGCAAGGAUGUACUCACAGGGCAGGAAUUUGAUGUGAGAGCCAAAUGUGUUAUCAAUGCCACGGGCCCUUUCACAGACUCAGUGCGCAAAAUGGAUGAUAAGAGUGCGGCAGAUAUUUGCCAACCUAGUGCUGGUGUCCAUAUUGUGAUGCCUGGCUAUUACAGCCCAGAGAACAUGGGACUUCUUGACCCAGCCACCAGUGAUGGGCGAGUUAUUUUCUUCUUACCUUGGCAAAAGAUGACGAUAGCUGGCACUACUGAUACUCCAACAGGGAUCACACACCACCCUAUUCCUUCCGAAGAAGAUAUCAACUUUAUUUUGAAUGAAGUGCGUAACUACCUGAGUUGCGAUGUUGAAGUAAGAAGAGGGGACGUCCUGGCCGCAUGGAGUGGUAUUCGUCCCCUUGUUACAGACCCCAAAUCUGCAGAUACUCAGUCAAUCUCCCGGAAUCACGUUGUUGAUGUCAGUGGCAGUGGCCUUAUAACUAUAGCAGGUGGAAAGUGGACAACGUACCGAUCCAUGGCAGAAGAUACUAUAGAUGCUGCUAUCAAGGUGCACAAUUUGAAAGCAGGUCCCAGCAGAACAGUUGGGCUUUUCCUUCAGGGGGGCAAAGAUUGGAGCCCUACACUCUACAUUAGGCUUGUCCAGGAUUAUGGACUUGAAAGUGAGGUGGCACAACACCUUGCCACCACAUAUGGAGACAAGGCUUUUGAGGUGGCCAAAAUGGCAAGUGUAACUGGAAAAAGGUGGCCCAUUGUUGGAGUGCGUCUUGUGUCAGAGUUUCCAUAUAUUGAGGCUGAGGUGAAAUACGGAAUUAAGGAGUAUGCCUGCACUGCUGUGGAUAUGAUUUCACGUCGCACUCGACUGGCCUUCCUGAAUGUCCAAGCAGCAGAGGAAGCACUGCCCAGGAUUGUUGAACUGAUGGCCAGAGAACUGAAUUGGGAUGAUUAUAAGAAAGAGGAAGAACUUGAAACAGCGAAGAAGUUUCUAUAUUAUGAAAUGGGCUAUAAAUCUCGAUCAGAACAACUAACAGAUCGCUCUGAAAUUAGCCUAUUGCCUUCAGACAUUGACAGGUACAAGAAGCGGUUUCAUAAAUUUGAUGCAGACCAAAAAGGCUUUAUUACCACCGUUGAUGUUCAGCGUGUAUUAGAGAGUAUCAACAUUCAAAUGGAUGAAAAUACGCUACAUGAAAUUCUGAAUGAAGUAGAUUUGAACAAAAAUGGACAGGUUGAACUCAAUGAAUUCUUGCAGCUGAUGAGUGCCAUUCAAAAAGGAAGAGUCUCUGGGAGCCGACUUGCUAUACUAAUGAAAACUGCAGAAGAGAACCUUGAUGGAAGAGUUCUGAUCCCAGUGGACCGUAGUUGUGGCGGAUUGUGAGUUUGAGCAGCGAAUCCACAGUCAACAAAUGUAGGAACAGCAAAUCACCGUGUAACAACCAGAGAUGACUUACACCACUACGAAACAGUGGAUAUGAAUAGCUGCUUUUUUUUUUUUUUUAACAUUGGAAAACAUUCCAAAGCUUUAGAAUGCUGGUGUAUACCCUCUAUUUGUAUUUGCUAUGCAGUCUGACAUCUAGUGUAUUUUAUCUUUUUUCUCAUUUUCACGGCACCUUGAUUUCAUGCUUUACAUCUGUCUUGUGACCUGUUAAACGGGACAUACUCCUAUUAUUUGUUUAUUCACUUACUCUAAAUCAGUUCUAGAGGCAGAAUACUUUGGC